AUGCUGCCGCAGAUUGCGCAGAUGGGCGUCAAGACUUUGGUGCUCUGCGGCGCGGGCAAGGUGGAUGCCAGCUACUUCAGGAGCCAUGUGCUGGACCUGCGGAACCUUCGCGCAAAUCUGGCCGUGGGCUUGGCCCAGGUGCAGGACGACUCCGUGCCGCGCAUCCUGCUGGCGCCGAACUUCCAGGAGCUGUUGGCAGGGGGCGGUCUUCUGGACCAAACCUUUCCGCGUGAACAAGUGUCGCGCGUGGUCGCCCACCCAGCGGUGAACACCAGCAGCCUAGAGUCUGUUGGUGAGAUGCUGCUGGCCAUAGGUCCGGAAGCCGGCUGGGAGGAGUCCGAGCUGGAGAUGUUCUGGGCCGCCGGCUUCGCGGCGGCGUCGCUGGGCCCCAGGAUCCUGCGCUCGGACGUGGCCGCGGUGGCCCCCUGGCAGCCACGCUAUUGCCAGCGCGUGCUCCAGCGGGCAAUUUCAGUCUACGGCGCUGAGACGGUGCGCGCGAUCUGCAACAGUUGCAUGGGACGCCCAACUCCUGCCUGA